AUUGUCAUUCUGGAGGACAAUACAAAGCGUUACAGAUGCUUGUUGUGUCAGAAGAAAUUUGGAGUGGCCACCAUUUAUCGCCACCUGCGAACACAUGACCCAGAUUACAAAGUCAGUUGCAGUCUGUGCGGCAAACAGUACACACAGAGACAGAGCCUGAUCGUUCAUUGGCUGAAGACUCACAGUGACCACGCCCCGUCACCUGAUUUGAUGAAAA